CAUUGCGUCUUCUCUGACAGCACAACUCUUCUUCGUCGUCCCUUUCCUGCAUCUUUGCGGUAUUUGGCUCUUUCCUAAUAGAACAGGCUCGGACGCAACAGCCUCGCCCCGGACCGACUGCAGUCGCAUCCAGAUAUCGCCUCAGCUCUUGUGUUCGCUUUUCCGGCGUGCGUGCUCACAUUGCCCCGUCUUGUGCUGCUGUUCUCGGCAGGAACCACCGAAUCGUGGGGUCCGUCUCUCUGCGGCCCCUCCAACAACCAACAAGCCCAUCCUUCCUCAGUGGCCUGCCUGCCUUGCCUUACUUUCUGAACCACCAAUAUUUAUCUGCUCCAGUGUUUACCUACUCUUACUUCCCUUUCCUGUCCUUUGUCUCGCGUGGCUUGGUUCGCAUCAUCCUGCAUCUUCUCGCGCUUCGAAAUGGCGUCCAGCUUCGCCUCCAAGCGGCUGGCCAAAGAGCUUUCCAAGCUCAACACCGACCUACCCCCUGGUAUUGAUCUCAUUUCGGCCGACAACUUUGAAGAAUGGUUCAUGGACAUUAGGGUUUUGGACGACAACCCGCUGUACAAAGACCAGGUCUACAGACUCAAGUUCAAGUUCUCACAACAAUACCCUAUAGAACCCCCAGAGGUUACCUUCGUUAAGACGACCGAGCGACCGAUUCCCAUGCACCCUCACAUCUACUCUAAUGGCAUAAUUUGCCUGGACUUGCUCGGCAGCCAGGGCUGGAGUCCCGUGCAAAACGUUGAGAGCGUCUGCAUGAGCAUACAGAGCAUGCUGACUGGCAACGAGAAAAACGAAAGACCGGCGGGGGACGACGAGUUCGUCAAAAGCAACAGACUGCGACCUAGAGACAUUGACUUCUACUAUCAUGAUAACACUGUCUGAUCAAGAGGAGUGUGUCAUACGGGGCAGGGUUGUUUUAGGCGUUGGAUUUGGAUUUGGCAUACACAUCGGUAACUCAGGACAGGCAAGCUGGUUACCGAGUUAGUUUUCUGCAAGAGGCAGAAUGCGUCCUCUACAGCUUUAUGGAGCGGUACUUCGAGAAGAGCACCUGGAACUUUCACAGCGGGACCGGGCCCCUUGCAGACGCUGUUUGGUCCCGUGUUGAUGGCGGGCAGUGUGAGAUCAGGCUGGGCGACUAGCUAGGUGCCUUGCUAGCUGCCUAGUGUACGUAUUUACCAGAAACCAGGCCAUAUAGUGGCAUUUGGUGCCCGGUCAACAUAUUCG